CGUACUCGGAAGGCGCUGCGUGAAGACAAACGUCGUUGCGUCGGAUUGAGCUCUUACGAGAAUCUCCACGGCGGACUCGGGGCGCGUAAAACGUGAGAAGAAAAAAGGCUGCAGCAUUAAUCGGACACAGCCCCGCGGUGAGAAGACUUCGUUAAAACUUUAUUAAUUAACAACAGAAGAUCAUCGCUCGCAGCUGCAGCAGCGUCUCCUCUGUCCUGGGGAACACUCCCAUCUCAUACCGCGCAAAUCUGUCCAGAAGACGUUUACAGGAGCACAAUCCAACAGAGGGGAAAAGACGAAGGGAGGAAGCAACAGAGAGUAAGAACACGCGCCCAGAGAGAGAGGGAGAGCCGGGGGCGAGGAGGACAGGAUGGACGUCCUGGUUCCUGUGCUGAAGAGUCACCCAGGCAAGUCAGUGCUGGUGUUCGCUCUGAUUUUCAAGUUGAUCCACCGGUUGCUGCAAAGGUUGCCCGUGCCUAAAGUAGUAAAGCAGGAUGACUUCAAAUCCUGGAAGUGGAAGAACCUCUCUGUCUCGAUAGUGCACUCCCUGCUGACUGGAUCAUGGGCCCUGACCUGUGUGCUGGUUUGGCCUGAGAUGUUGCGCAACCUUCACUCUUACCACACCCCUCUGUCCUACCUGCUCGUCUGCGUCUCAACAGGAUACUUUGUGCACGAUGCGAGUGAUAUUAUCCUGACAGGACAUGGAAGACAAUCAUGGGAAUUCUUACUCCAUCAUGUGCUGGUGAUCUCAUGUUUCCUGUACGCCCUCUUCACUAAGAUGUAUGUAGCCGGCGCUGUCGUCGCUCUCUUUGUGGAGGUCAACAGUGUCACCCUGCACAUGAGGCUGAUGCUGAAGCUCGCGUGCGCUCAGUCCUCCUCCGUGUACCACGUCAACAAACUCAUCAACAUCACCACCUACUUGACGUUUCGUCUGGGCACCCAGUCCUACCUCACCUGGUAUAUCGUCACCAACUACACCUGGCUGGACCAUGCUUUAUACUUCCUCAUCGCCAUGGUGAUGAUGAAUGUCAUGAUCCUGAUUUAUUUCUACCGCCUACUAUGCGCCGACUUCUUCCCCUGGAGUAAAAGAUCCGGGAGGCCGAAUGGGCCGAAUAACAACCACUCUAAAAAGUUUCCCUGUGAUUGAGUGGGGAAGGUUGACAGACCUAUGCUGUGUUUGUAUUGAGGAGUUCACACUGUCUUUUUCAAACUGACCCCAUUUCUAGUGACGACAGGUCCCCUUGUUGUGUCUCGCUGCCAAAGAGAAAAUAUUUUGUUUAGAAAUGUAAAAUGUUAAAAUCAAUCCUCCUGUAAAACUAGUUUUAACUUCUGUGAUUGUACAAGUCAAAUCCUACAAACGGUUAAUUGAGCUUUUGGGGUGUCAUGAGGGAUAGCCAGGCUAGCUAUUUCCAGUCUUUAUGCUACGCUAACUGGCUGCUGGCUGUAGCCUUAUAUAUAGCUACAGACAUGAGAGUUGUAUGUUUUCAUUUAACUCUCAGCAACAAAGUAAAUUAAUUGCCUAUAUUUUCUAAAUGUCAAACUAUUACUUAAACAUUCAAUGUCAGCAUUAGCGCAACCUGAAGAAAUAGUUUGACAUUUUAACAAAUGCGCUUAUUUACUGAUGUGACUGAUACCUCUCUAAUAUAUAUGUACACUAAAUAUGAUGCUACAGCCAGCAGAUGCGUAGCUUAGCAUAAAGAUGGGAAAUGUGGAAAUGGCUAGCCUCAUAACAUGCAAAGGUAUAGACAAACAAAAUAUGAUGUUAAUCUGUGAGCUUCAGAGGUGAGAUGGAUCAUUAUUUUGUCUUUGCAAAGAAGUAUGCGGUUGCCUUUUUGCCUACAGCUAAGCUAGCCGACUACCUGUCAGUCAGGAUUUUCUGACUUGGCAGCAACAGACUCCCUCUCCCUAUUUCCAUGAUACCACCUGUGGCUGAAGAGAUACUGGGCUGGGACUGAACUGGGAUGGGACUAACAGGUAACAAACAGGAAUGCAGGGAAUCGUCUGGCGCUCUAAUGGCUCUCAUAUGAAACCUGUUUUAAGUUAAGAGACGUUGCCCUGAAGCUGGAUCGCCCUGCCAUCUAACAGUCAGAUAAUUGAGCUCAUCAGGAGGUGGGCAUCAUUAGAAACCCUUCACUAUGAGCGGGCAGCAGAACCAUCCAUACUGAUAUUGAUUUUUCACCAGUAGUUAGACCAGAUGUGGAGAGACAGAAGAGAUCCCCACAGUGUGUGACUUAUUGCCUUUUACAGAAUAGAAACCUUUUUAAAGAUAUUCUAUUCAUAACGCAUUUUGUACAUGAUAUCCUUAAAUAUGCUAUGCAAUCCUUUUUUGUAUAUAUUUCAUGUGGUAAUACAAGUAAACGCCUACAGUGGACUUUAAAGCAAUACAUCAUCGACAAAAUGACAGAUUGUAAAUUGAUUACUCGCCCAGUGUUCCCUUGAAUUCUUGAAGAAAAUUUAGUUUUUCUCAUCUGCCUCCUCUGCGAAAGAAGAAACUCUCACACAAUGUGUGCAAUAUAGACCAAGUGUCAUGAAUCCAGUCGUAUGCUCACUCCCAGACACCUGCAUCUUCACUAUAACUUUACUAUUUAAACACUUCUGCAGUCUAGUAAGGUUUCAGCAAAGAUGCAAGUGUUUGGGAAGUACUGAGCGUUGGACUGGAUAAAUGAGACUUGGAUUACAAUGCACAAGUUGUGUGAGAGAUUGUCAAUGGAGACUUUGAGAUUGCCUUGCUGUUGUUAAAGGUGGCCCCCAUUUACUUCAAUUCAUCAAGACUUCCGUUUUUGGUUCUUCGUUCACCUAGGAGCCUUGCAAGAAAAAUAAAUGUCCUCAUGAAAUCAUGUUAACACAGAGUGCAUAAUUGAUAUACAAAAUGGUCAGUUUGUGGGUGAAGUGCUCCUUUAAAUGCUUAUUACUUCAUCAUGCCAUGAAUCACAAGUGUUGACGGCAUCAUUUAGAAACCUAAUGAGCAGUGCAUUUAAUUUUCAAAUUCAGCCAACCGCCAAAAAAUUGACUUGUUUGGAUACCUGUCCAUACCUGUGCAACAGUGCCUUUACCUCAGUGCCUUUUUAAAAAAUAAUAAAGCACUGAUACUUUAUGAAUAAGAAGGAACAUAUAGUGUAGACUGACAUCUGUAACUCUUUGUGCAAGGUGGACCAAGUGGAGAGAAUUGACACCAGUAGUCAUUUCUGUGAACAAAUGUAUCUUGUAUUGAAGAGCCUCUGUAUUUUGGAUGGUUUAGUGAUACCAUGGAUUACAUAAAAGUAUUUAAAAUCA